CAUUAUGGGAGAAAAUCAAGACACAAAAGACGAGAAGGACAGUCUCGUGCCGGACGGUGUGCCACCGCUGGAUCUGACCAAAACAACGAAACAGCUUUAUUUCGAUCUACUGCGAACAUGGGUUUAUCAUGCGGAGCUGCAAUCCCACAUGCAGACUCACUUCCCGUAUUACUUGAUGAGCAACUAUCCGCAGCUGUUUCAGCUAAAUGCUGGCGGUGGUGUACCAUCCGCGUUUCCCAACAUGACCGGCAUCCCUACGACGGCGGGCGGUAGUAAUGUGGCUGGGUUCAAUGCUCCCGGUACAGCAACCACGCAACAGGGCCAAAACGCCACCGUCAACCGGGGACGGAACGAAACGAUAGAUCCUACACGUCCUGAUGAUGCUUUCAACCGCCACGGAGGAUAUGAGUACGUGAUUGCUCCGCUCUGGAAGCGAUUUGCAGCCGAAGCUAUCGAUAUAGCGAUAAUAUUUCUGCUCAAGAUAAUGACUACACUGGCCUUUAUAGAUGCAUUCGAAAUCGAUCUCUUGUACAUGGACCUGGACGCGAUCCGUAACUCGUUCGAGGAAGAUUAUACCGAGCUGCUAUCAUUCACCUCGGAGCUGAUACUGCUCGAGAUAGGCAUCAAGAUAGCGGUAUGCAUCUACGAAGCGGUAUGGACCGCCCACGUCCAAGUCAUACCGGGCAGCGCAACGCCCGGCAAGAUGUUGAUGGGCUUGCGGAUCGUUUACGCAGAAACGGUAACGGUACUGGAACCGCAACCACAGCCCGGCUUACUUAGCAAUCAGGUGCCGCUGCGUGCGCUCCUGUACCCGGGCACUACACCAAGCUUUACGCGUGCGUUUGCCCGUGCAGCCGUGAAGAACGUGGUUAUCGCAUUUCUCUUUCCCAUGUGUUUGCUGUUGCUGUGCUUCCGGCAAAACCGUUCCAUCUACGACAUCAUGACGAAGACGGUCGUGGUAGAGGACAAUCCAAAUCCGGUGUUAAGACGGCGCUAA